AUGACGCGUGAAGGAGCGUCAUCAUCAGCGCAUCAUCGUCAUCGUUCUUCUCUUCCUGGUGGAUUUCUCGGAUUAAAAAAUCUGAUGAAUUCUUCCUCGGGGGGAGUUGCACUCAAAUUCGUAACGAACACUUUUAAAAACAACAACAACAACAACGAAGAAGAAGAAGACGACGAGAAGAAGAGGAAGAAGAGGACAAAAAAGAAUGGGUGUGAAUUUUAUACCGACGACAACGACAGGGAUGAAAGAAAGAAGGAGAGAGAAAGAAGGACGAGGAAACCGAUGCGAUCGAUCUUAACGGCGUCCAUCUCUUCAAAAAGUACUUCUGCGAAUGCUCAUUUUAAGAAGACAACAACGAAUAGUACUAAUAAUUCGGAGACGACGACGACGACGGCUGGUGACGAUAACGAUGAUGAUAACGAUGAUGAAAAUCUCCCGGAUCCGAAUUCGUACGGAUUCAAAGCGUUACAAAGACGGUUCAACGAUUUAUCCGCGAACAAAGUUGAAAUUACCGGCGAGGAUAUCCGCGUCGCGUUGGAGAAGUUGAAGUUUCCAGCCUCGCGAGACUCUGUCUUGUCGUUUAUGAACAAAAUAACGAAGAAGCGAAAGGAACAUUUCGAAGACUGCCCGACGCUCACGUUUCGCGAGUUUCAAGUCUACGCGGUAAAACGAGAACGAGAACUGUUGAAAACAUUUCGGCAGUUUGAUAAGCAGAAUUUGGGGUACUUGACGCCGUGGCAGUUGAAGCGAGUGCUCUUCGCGCUCGGGCGAUGGACGGCGACGAACAAAGAGGUGGAUUCAAUGGUAGAACGCAUAAAACGAGGUGAAGGGGCGUUUAGUAAAGGAAAAGGUUUGUUUUCUCCGAAAUCGUUACCGAAAAGUUCAGAUGGGAAAGGCGGAUUUGUUUCCAUGGGUAAAGCGAUCGAUUUUGCCGAGUUUCGAGACUUUCUGUUGCUCUCUUCGGCGGCGGAUUUGGGAGACGUCGUCGAGGUGUGGGGACGAAGCAUGACAGAUUUGAAUCACUCGUUCGUGACCGUUCCAAAAGGUGCGUCUGAAAACGAAAAGAGGAAAGCGCAAGCGAAAGCGGUGUCUUUGCAUUUGCUCGUCGGGGCGAUUUCCGGCGGCGUAUCGCGGACCGUCGUCGCUCCGUUGGAACGCGUAAAGAUUGAAUACAUGCUCGAUUCUUCGAAAAUUGCCGCUGAUGGUGGCGUUCUGGGUUCCUUAAAGCGCAUCAUCAGAACAGAAGGUGCACCCGCUCUCUUUCGCGGUAACUCUUUGAACGUUUUGAGGAUCGCGCCGACCAAAGCGGUUGAGUUUUUUGUCUACGACACGUACAAAGCGAGACGGUUGAAAAUGAAACAAAAAGAUCAAAUCGAGAACGAGAAAGAAAAUAAUAAUAACACGAACAACAAAACCGCUGCGGGGGAUUUGAGCGGAGGUGAACGCAUGAUCGGUGGAUCCGUCGCGUCCAUGUGUGGAACUGCUCUGACGCAUCCAAUCGAUACGCUUCGUUCGCGCGUCUCCGGGACCGGCAUGCGCCUCGAAGUCGCUUGGUCGGAACUCAUCAAAAACGAAGGCCCGAAAGCGUUGUGGAAAGGUUUAGGCGCGAACAUGAUUCGAGUUGCUCCUUACGGCGCCAUCAACUUCUUCGUGUACGAUUAUUGCAAGCAACAAUACAAAAAGUUUCGCGUGCGUUUCCUCAACGAAGACGAAUCGACGCUAUCGCAGUCCUCAAAUCCUUUACCGACGUUGUGUUUCGGCGCGCUCGCGGGAGCCGCCGCGCAGACCGGCGUCUACCCGAUCGAGCUCGUACAGCGUCGAAUGCAAGUUCAAGGCAUGAAAACGCUCGCCCAUGGUGCAAAAAAUGCCACGCAGUACAAAAACGUCGUUCAAGGCAUGGUGCACAUCGCGCGAGCCGAAGGUAUUCCCGCGCUUUACGCCGGUUUGAUUCCAAACUAUACGAAAAUUUUCCCCUCCGCGGCGGUUUCGUUUUACGUGUACGAACUUUUGAAAGAACUGUGGGGUUUGCAGUAA